GUGCAGUCGUACCACGUUGCUGGCCGUGUGAGCAUGCCAGCAAUACUGCAGCGUAUGUAUCUUCAUGCCUAUGGAGGUAGCCUAAGGGCAGGCCCGGCAGGGACCCUUUCUCCAGCUUAGUCAGCACUCAGACCAUCGUAGCUGGCAUCAUCAUCACAACUUGUCUGCCUUGCUCUGGGCUCAGGCGGCUGGCCCAUGUUUCAAAAUUUCACCAAUGGCAUAGGUGUCCAGUUUUCUAUGAGCUGUAUAUAAGAUAUCGUCCAAUGACUCUUAAACCUCUCCUAACCACACCUAAAUAUGAGUUUCUGCAAAGACUGUUUCCAAGGCGUACGCCAUGAGGGUGAGCCUCAAGGAACGCUCGAGACUAUCGAUGGUGUUGCUUGCUACGUCGCCACCCCUACUGUUGACUAUUCCAAGGACAAAGUUAUCCUCUUCCUUCCAGAUGUCUUCGGUAUCGAGAUCAACAAUACAAAGCUCCUCGCUGAUGACUUUGCAAUCAACGGCUUCAAGGUCGUCGCGGUUGACUACUUUAACGGCGAUGGUCUUCCUGUUGAUGUCAUGAACUCUGCCUCGUUUGACGUCAACGCGUGGUUCGCUAAACAUGGCACCGAGCACACACGCCCACCUCUCGAUAAGGUCAUUGCUGUGCUCAAAGAGAGAGGUGUCACCAAGUUCGGGGCCACUGGUUACUGUUUCGGCGGUCGUUACACUUUUGACCUUGCAUUCGAAAACGUCAUUCAGUGCUCCGUCGUCUCCCACCCCUCAAUGUUGAAGGUUCCCGACGACCUCGAGGCGUACUUUACCAAAUCAAAAGCGCCUCUCCUGAUCAACUCUUGCGAAGUCGAUCAAAAGUUCCCUGUCGAAGCUCAAGCAAAGGCCGAUGAAAUCUUUGGCGAUGGGAAAUUCGCCCCAGGGUACAAGCGCGAGUAUUUCCCUGGUUGCACGCAUGGGUUUGCUAUACGUGGGGAUAUCAAAGACCCGCUGAUUAAAGCUGGGAAGGAAGGAUCGUUCAAGGCUGCUGUGGAGUUCUUCCGGGAGCACCUGUGAGAAGGUCCGGUCGUUGCAAUGUUAUGGAGUCUCUGUAUGGUACAGUUCGAUUCAAAACCAAUAUCCAAUCUCAAAUACGCAACUAAAUUCAUCAUACGACUUACCGCAGUUGUAGCCCCGUCGUUAGCCAUGCCAGCAAUAUCAGAGCGUCUACGCGCGUCAUGCAGGUUAAA